GGUGCUGCUGCUCAUAAGAAUGAAGUUUCAAAGCAACGAUUUAGAAAUGGCAUUCUAUCAAGAAAUUCAUGUUUUGUCAACCUGUGCACCAGAAAGCUUCCAAUGGCAUCACUUUUUUUCUCAUUGAGUUUGGUUCAACGCAGCCUCAUCUUUUGUUGCGAAAAGCCGGUGCACCGGAAAUUGCUUCUCUUGACAAGUAGCGACAUCCGUCAAGUGUCAACACGGCUUGUGGACUAAACAAAACACGAUGAACAGAAUGAAUUGUGCUGAUUGGACCACAUUCCCUGCGGUUAUCUGGAACAAAACACCUUAUUUCUAGACUUUCUGAAUGUGCUGGUGAAGGUUCUAGAAGAAGGAAGGAUGCCAGUGGAGAGCAGUAGCAGCGGUGUGGUCCGACAGGCCAAGCAGAAGAGGAAAUCUCACAGUCUGUCUAUAAAGAGAACCAACAGCACCGAGCAGGACCGCUUGGGCCUGCAUAGAGACAUGCUGGACGGCCAGGACUCCAAACUGCCUUUGUCUCUGAAGACCAACCUGAUGGAUCUGUUCAGCCAGAUCGAAAGAGAGUUUGAGAGCCUUUACAUCGAGAACAUCGAGCUUCGCAGAGAGAUCGAGACGCUGAACGAUCGCUUGACUGCAGACGGUCAGACUCUAGAAGGCGCAGACUUGGCCAAAGGAGCCCUGAAAACAAAAACGAGUCACAGCACCAGUCAGCUGUCACAGAAACUCAAGACCACCUACAAGGCCUCCACUAGCAAGAUUGUGUCCAGUUUCAAAGCCACCACGUCCAGAGCUGUGUGUCACCUGCUCAGAGAGUAUGUGGGCCACAGAGACGGUAUCUGGGACCUCAGCGUGACCCGGACCCAGCCCACGGUGCUUGGUACUGCAUCUGCAGACCACACGGCCAUGUUGUGGAGCAUCGAGACGGGGAAAUGUCUCCUCAAAUAUCUGGGCCAUCAAGGAUCAGUCAACUCCAUCAAGUUCCACCCCACUGAACAGAUGGCACUAACAGCAUCUGGGGACCAGACAGCUCACAUCUGGAGGUUCCUGGUGCAGCUGCCCACGCCGCAGCCUGUUGCAGACGUCAGCCAACCCCCCUGCGACGACGACGUUGAGGUUUCCGACAAAGAUGAGGCCGACGUGGAAGCUGACGGUCCCAGCGAAUGCCCGUCCGUGCGCAUGGCGUCCGUCACGUUGCGCAGUCACCAAGGCGUGGUCAUUGCUGCUGAUUGGCUGGUGGGGGGAAAGCAGGCGGUGACGGCCUCCUGGGACCGAGCCGCCAACCUUUACGACGUGGAGACAUCGGAGCUGGUCCACUCGCUCAUGGGUCACGACCAGGAGCUGACGCACUGCUGCACCCAUCCCACCCAGCGCCUGGUGGUCACCUCGUCCAGAGACACCACCUUCCGACUGUGGGACUUCAGAGACCCGUCCAUCCACUCCGUCAACGUCUUCCAGGGACACACUGACACGGUGACGUCUGCCGUUUUCACUGUGGGGGACAACGUGGUGUCGGGGAGUGACGACCGCACAGUCAAAGUGUGGGACCUGAAAAACAUGAGGUCGCCCAUAGCAACCAUCCGCACAGACUCUGCUGUCAACAGGAUCAGCGUGUCGGUGAGUCAGAAGAUCAUCGCUCUCCCUCACGACAAUCGGCAGGUCCGACUGUUCGACAUGUCAGGAGUGCGACUGGCCCGUCUGCCCAGAAGCAACAGACAGGGUCACCGGCGCAUGGUGUGCUGCUCAGCGUGGUGUGAAGACAACACCUCAUGCAACUUGUUCACGUGCGGCUUCGACCGCCAGGCCAUUGGCUGGAACAUUAACAUCCCCGCCCUCCUGCAGGAGAAAUGACCCCGCCCCCUCCUUGUUCUAACAUGUAAGUCUGUGAAAGGUUGUCACGUGCCAUCAGUUCAACUUCAAGCGUCUUUUUGACAAAGUAAUCGCUUACUGCUGCCAAUGUGCACUGAGCACAUCUUCUUGCUGUGUGUGUGCUUGUGUGUGUGUAUGUGUGCGUGUGUAAACACACUUUCAUUACAGUGUGUGUUUAGUGUGAAAGCGACUCCUGCACAUCUGAUAAAAAAAAAUGUGUGCCACUGAUGGGUUAAAAAAAAAGCACAACACAGAAGCUUAUUGUGACCUUAAUGCUAACAUCAUGUUAAAAUACCCGUAGUAAGAAAUAAUAUACUCAGUUGUCGCUUUGUUAGUAGGUACACAGUCUUUUUUCUUAUUGCCUCUCAUUGUACAGAUUGUGUACCUAAUCAAGUGUCCGCUGAGUGUUUGUGUUACAGAGGUAUGUAAUGUUUGUUAGCAUCCUAGGCCCUUGCAAUACCACUUUGUAUUCCAGGAGGCAAUAGUGAGUCACUGGCAUCAAGGAGGCUCAGACAUGUCUGCUACUUGAAAUGUUGCCUUGUCAGUGUUAGUAAGAUCCUAGACAUACAUAUGUAGACGCCGCGCUUAAUCACACAUGGACAUCGCCAUAUUGGAUGUGUCAAUAGCGAACAGAGAAUAUGCCUCAUACCAACCACUUUACAGUCCAGACCACAUCUCAUGGAUCACCUUUCACAGGUUGGACCACAAAAUUAAUUUUGAUUAAAACAUUGUACAAAUUGAAUCUGAUGACUUUAAUACUAUGAAGUCCCGUGCGUAAUACUGUGGAUUCUUGUGGUGAAACCAGCCUCCAAUCAACUAGGAAAAGCCCUUUAUCAAGUUCAGUCCAUUUUCUGCAUUCGUUUUUGGGGUAGACCUGCUACAUCCAAUAUGGCAGACAGCUGGAUUUAUUGCAGCCUGUCUAUGAUCUACGCAUAUAUGCGUAUGAUCUGCAUUUAUACAUCCCUAGUCUACACAUAUAUAUAUAUAUAUAUAUAUAUGAACUAUUAUAUAUUUCUACAAUAUAUGCUUGAUAUAUAUGUGCUACACAUAUAUGUCUAACGUCUAUUAUUUACGUAUGUAUGUCUAAAAUCUACAUAAUAUAUGUCUGAUCUACGCAUAUAUGUGUGUCUAUGAUCUACUAUAUAUUGGUAUGAUCUAUGCAUAUACAGCUAUGGUCUAUGUAUGUAUGUCUAUGAUCUCCACAUAUACGUACAUGUGUCUAGGAUCUACGUAUAUAUGUAUAUGACCGACACAUGUAAGAUCUAUGUAUAUAUGUCUAUGAUCUACACAUAUGCCUAUGAUCUAAGCAUAUAUGUCUAUGAUCUACGCAAUAUACGCCUGUGAUAUAUGCAUCAAUACGUGUAUUUCUGCAUAUACUGAAUGUCUGAUCUAAGAAAUGUAUAUGAUCUACACAUAUACGUGUAUUCGUUAUUAGGGAUGUAUACCGAUUACAGGUAUUUUUUGGUACCGGUUCCUAAUUGGGUCGGUCCAACAGGGCCAUUAAAAUUCUGAACUAAUGGUACGGCUAUCGGUAAAAAAAAAAUUUUUUUUAUCCAGCUUACUGUAAUUAUGACAUACGCCCGCUGUCACAUUCAUUCAGGUGCAGAAUUCUAUUCCAAGCAGAAUAAAAGACAGAGGUAGGAUCGUGAUACAUUUCAGGUCGAUCACGGUGAUCAGCUGUGAGCAUAUAUUAACUCCAUCAAACAUGGCGGAACAGCCAAUCUGAGUCCACAUUUUACUGCACCAAUUCCGGUUACAAAGGUACACAUAAGUUAACAGAAUGAUAAACAUGAACAGAAUGACAGAGCUAAACGAGCAGCUGAGGACAGCAAUAUAAAUGUCAGCCAUAACUUGGAGUUAUCUAGGGCCCUAUGAUUUACACGUAAUUGGACUCGCGGACAGAAUCAAUGUUCGCUAAAAACAGAAUCUAAAUGCGGUCAUUCGUGGAAAUUAGCCUAAAGCAACUGAGAUGCUGUUAUUGAGAGGGAAAGGGGAUAUCAUGUUUACUUGCCAAACACUCACCUCCAUGAAGCCUGGCCUGCCAGGGGCCAGCUCUGGAAUGCAUCCUUCUCGUACCAUCUCUGUUACUACCUUCCUGACACGCGGCCACCACAAACUACCAAACUAACUCCAAAACACACAGCCGAACAUUUCCCAAAUGCCUUUUACGUGUCAGGUGAUAUGUUUCUUUUGCAUAUUUGAAGACUAUUUGUCGUCCAAAAGCUGUGACAAACACCUGCUACUACUGCUGCUAAUGCUAGGAAGUUGUAGACGUGACCACCGAUCUUCAUUGGUACGUUAAAGAUAACUUGACAGCUUCUAAUACUGUAGUUGGAGCACCAGUGUUGAAAUAAUAACAUGCAUCUUUGUGUGUGCUUUUUUUACUUGAAAGCAUGUACACUGGAAAUUAUUGGUAUAUUGUUAUGCUAUUGUGCUUUUUCUUAUUUAAAAUAUUUUUUUAUUUACCCAGAAUGCUAAUACAAUGUUGAAAUAAUCCCUAGUUUAUUUGUUUUCAGUGUAGAUGCUUUACAAUUGGCAGGUUAAAAACUCUGUAAGAAAUCAUUAUAUUUUUCGAAAUUGGAUGAUACUGUAUGAAAAAAAUUGUGAUCUUUUUUUUUUACCGUAUCGCACAGCCCUGCGAUCUGAUAACCAUCUUACAAUAAUCACAAAUAAGGAAGCAACACCACAUAAAAGUUUGUAACACAAUAAUAUGUCUUCCUCAAAAGUCCGCACGCUAAGCGUUACUAUAAGUUUGAGGUGAACGCGCUUUACUUAACAGCCACGCUUCAUCAACCAUCUUCGUAGCAAUCCAGUAAUCCACAGGCCAAUAUUAAUCCACUCAAAAAAGUGAAUAAUUGAAGUACUGAAGUAAUCCAUAAAGUUGCUCAGAAGCAAGAUAGCGAUGCUGACGCCAGUCGGCGUCUGACGUCGCUCCAUCGCUCCAUUGCGGCACGUUGGCGUAGAAACACAGUGAUGGAUCUGUGUGGUCUUUACAAGAUGACAUAAGAACUGCAUUGCACCUUGCACUGCAAAAUAGUUGACUUGUUUAACACUUAAAAAACAGGUGUUGAUAAAAGACUUCCGUGCUGUGAGAUGUUACAUGAUGUUGGUGGUGCACAACCUCUUGUGUUAAUAAAAAUGCUAAUAAAAAAGGAUUUUUUUCACAUCUUUAUUUACACCAAUUACAUACAGUACCAAUAAGAGUACUGAAGAAUACCGGUAUCGAUAAGUAAUAUCGAUAUUGGUAUCAGUAUUAAUAAAGUCCUAAUGAUAUACAUCCCUAUUUGUUACGCAUACUGUAUGUCUAUGAUCUGUUCGUAUAUGUCUAUGAUCUACUUAUAGAUGUCUAUGCGUAAUAUUGCCAAGUUAGUGUUAGCUAAUGUGCUGCCCCCUACUGGCCUAAAGUGUCAGCUUACAUAAAGCGUCAGAAAGAAGCCUCGCCCACAUUUAAAGGAACAGUAAUACGUUUUAAACGUUGUUUUAUUUAUUAUGCGCUGAUGUCUCAGCAUGCUGCCAUGCUACACGAUAUAUCUCUGCAAAUUUUAUUAAUGUUACUAUUCCGGUAGAGGGACGUUUGAAAAGAUUGCACUGGCGAAGUUGGUAGAGUGGCUGUGCCAGCAAUCGGAAGGUUGCUGGUUACUGGGGUUCAAUCCCCACCUUCUGCCAUCCUAGUCAUGUCCGUUGUGUCCUUGGGCAAGACACUUCACCCUUGCUCCUGAUGGCUGCUGGUUAGCGCCUUGCAUGGCAGCUCCCGCCAUCAGUGUGUGAAUGGGUGAAUGUGGAAAUACUAUCAAAGCACUUUGAGUACCUUGAAGGUAGAAAAGCGCUUUACAAGUAUAACCCAUUUAUCAUUUAUUUAUCACUGUAAAAGAAAAAAAUGGUAAAAUAACAAGUGGAAAAGCCCACAUUUUCCGAAAGAUCUCCUAUUGGAGAAGAAAGUAAUUGAGAAUGUAGAAAUUCAAAUUCUAACAUAGCAGCAUGAGGAGACACUCAGUAGUGAUUUCUUAAUAACAAGUUGUGAAUUUUUGCCUUUUGUGGGAACUUCCGAACAACAAAAGUGUUAAAUGUCAAUUGUUUGUUAGUCAUAACUUGCGUAGCUCAUGUAAAGUUCUUUCAAAUUUUUUUCAUCAUAUGAAAUGUAAUAUAUAAAGAGCAUCACGUCAAGUGUAUUUCAUCCAUUUUGACUGAUUGUGUAUUUUAUUUUUAAACAUUGUAUUCCCUCACAAUGAAAUCCCAAAUAUGUACUUUGACUGACAAAUAUUUCAAGAGUAAUACUAUGUUCAUGUUCAUCAGCAUUUACCUUUUAUGGAUUCAAAGUAAUACUAGUAGUAGUACUCAGCACACUUUAGACAGUAUUCACACAACACACACAAUAAAACCUUUAAAUCAUUGAAGUGCAUUUUUGUCAGUGUUAGGUGUGUAACACGUUGUUACAUGUUAAUAAAGCAAUUUUC